UAAUGAGAAAGUUUGUGUGUGUGUUGAAUUAGAUAGAAGAUCAAUAAUUACAUAACAGCAGUAAACACAAAACAGAAUAGAGUAGUGUGUACGGAAGAUGGGGAUAAUUGCUCCGGAUAUGAUGCCGUGGGAGCCUAGUCGUGAAACAGUGACAGAUUGCCUGGUGGGGUCUGUGGACAAGAUGGAGUUUUAGAAACAAGGAAUUGAAGACGGAUUCCAACUAAAAAAGAGGGAGAUUGUUACGUUGCACUGCGUGCGCGGAUUGGAGGCAAGGAAGUUCUGCUGCACAUCACAGUGACAAUGGCAGCAAAGCUUGUGAAAUGAAUAAAUAUAUGCAACUGCCAGAGAAAAAGACAACAAUGGCAUCUAUACCAAUGAGGCAGCUACCUGAACGAUCCAAAAUCUAUAAACCUGGAAACAACAACGAAGAAAGCGAUGAUGGAUCGAGUGCCAUGGAAGACUCGGGAAACGAGAGCGUAAAAGAACAAGGUUUCAGGAAAAAGAGAAAGAAAAGAGGGACUUGGCUGGCAACAACCUUCAAGAAGAAACACUGCGUCCAAUAUGUCGCAGAUCCUGGGAGUUCAGUCAGAGCAUGUUUCUGCGGCCGACCACGAGGUCUGCACAUCAGACGUCCCCAGCCUCAAACCCUAGACAGAAACUCCGGAAGUAAGAAUCUCCUUGUCUCACAAGCUAACAUCUCAAGUAGCAGGGUUGAUCUUGAGAGUGAGGAGGUCACGCAUUGGAAUGAGGAGGAGCAUCUCGUAGAGACGCCAACAGACGCCUACGGAGAAAUCCAUUUUAAGGAGGCAGUCAACCGACUUAGUACAUCUAAAUUUGUCCGUCUGUCAGAUCGCACUGAUAUGUCAAUGGUGCUGAAGCUUAUGACGAAGUACUGGUCACUGCACACGCCCCAGCUCGUUAUCUCCCUGACCGGUGGGGGGCGGAGCUUCAAACUUAACGAGCAAGACAAGGAAACAUUCAGCAGAGGAGUAAUUAAGGCUGCAUUUACAACCAAAGCUUGGAUCAUCACCAGUGGCUCCAACGCGGGCGUGCCAAAGAUCGUCGGAAGUGCCGUUCAGUCCACUUACAUCCGGGACUGGAUCUCCGAUAACAAAAAUGUCAAGAAAGGGGCAGGGAGACCCAAACUGGUCUGCCUUGGGCUUGCCCCGUGGGGAUACGUAGACGGCAGUCAUCAGCUCCUGACCAGGAGAGGCACGGGCUCGUAUCCAGCGGAAUACAAAGUCAACCCAGUUGUGAUGAAGGGGCGUCGUGUACCCCUGAACCCAGACCACACCCACUUUAUCCUAAUAGAUAAUGGGCUAAUGGGAGAACCGGCCUACGGUGGUGAGAUUGUGAUGAGAGCAAUGAUUGAAGAGGCAAUAGCAGCCCCAAAGGAGGAGAAUGGUCUGGGCCUACCGGUGGUUCUUGUGGUGCUUGAGGGCGGUGUGGACACGUUACUCAACGUGAAGAAUGCCGUCUUGCGCGAGAUUCCUACAGUGCUUUGUGACGGUAGUGGGAGGGCAGCAGACAUCCUGGCAUUCGCCCAUAACAGAGCUGAAGGAGAUCCAGAAUCCAGAACAUUGAAUGAGGAAAACAUUGAGAUACUUCGUGAGAAACUCAGCAAUUCCUUCAACGUCAAUCUUUACUGCAACAACAUGACCCAACUGAUUGCGGAUGUCAUCGAAUGCAUCAAGGUCAAGAAAUUGCUGACUGUGUUUCAAAUGGACAAAGGAGAGAACGCCGACUUGGAUCUUGCCAUCUUAAUUGCUUUAUUAAAAGCCCAAGCGGCCACUCCCACCUACAAAUUAGCGUUGGCGUUGUCAUGGAAUCGGGUUGACAUGGCAGAGAGGAAGAUCUUUGUAGAUGAUCAGUAUUGGGCGCCUGGUAGUUUGGAUCCAUUCAUCAUGCAAGCUCUGAUGCAAAACCAGGUGGACUUCUUGAGGCUGUUCCUAGAGCAGGGUGUCAUUAUGAAGGACUUCCUGACCGUAUCCAGACUACGUAGACUCUACAAUUCAGUCAGUGAGCAGCAUUCCCUGAGGAGCUAUGUGUCAUUGAUUAACAACACCAAGGCCAGUCAGCCGAUCUUCUUAUAUCACAUCAGUCGUCUUGUAAGGCACCUGUUAGGUUUCCAUAGCAACUGGCUGUACUCAAACGACAAACCCUUUACCAGCAACCAAGGGGCAUGCUUGGCACUCUGGUCUCUGUCCAGCUUCAUGGCAGGAAGUCACUUGUUACAACAAUCCCAAGAGGAGUACAUCCGAUCGGAAAACGGCUAUUUAGACUCAACCUCCUCUUCCAUGUGCCUCAUGGCUAACUCUGGAAUGCACUUCAUGCAUCCGUUUAAGGAGCUGUUUCUAUGCGCUGUGCUGAUGGGCAGAAUGGAAAUGGCCGAGUUCUUUUGGGAACGUCUUGAUGACUCAAUCAGUGCAGGAAUAGCUGCAAGUACAAUGCUCAAAGGAAUUGCUGCAAUAUCCACUGACUCUGAUGACAUCCUAAAAGCACAAAGAGAUGCCGGAACGUUUGAACAGCUGGCCAUCAAUGUGAUGGACGAGUGUUUCAAAACGGACGAGACGUUCACUGAGAAGCUGAUAAUGUGCCCAAUCAAAACUAUGUCUGGUAAGAGUGUCCUGACGAUGGCCUCAGAGGCAGACAACAGGCAAUUCAUAGCUCAUCCUUGUGCCCAGAGUGUCGUCGCCAAGACGUGGUUGGCAGGCGUGAAGGCCAGCAAUCUUUUCAUCAUACUGGGCAUCUUAUGUCCUCUCUUCAUCUUCAGGUUAAAGUUCAACGUCCGGGGCGAGAAGAGACCCAGCAGACUUAAGAAACUCCAGCUGUUCUUCAUGUCGCCAGCCACCAAAUUCUGGUCGUUUGUGUUAUCCUACACUGCAUUUCUACUGCUGUACACCUACGUGAUGUUAGAAACCUUCGGUCCAGAGCCGUCUGUACCAGAGAUGGUUCUCUUCGGAUGGAUCCUUACCAUGAUCGUUGAGGAAAUACGACAGUCGUUGAUACCCAACAGUAACCAAACCAUGAAGCAACGCUUCCGAGAGUGGCACUCCAGCGAAUGGAACAUCAUGGACCUGAUCACAGCGGUCAACGGACUGGCGGCGUUCAUCCUUCACUGGUUCCCGGCAGCCUACAAAUGGUCGCAGGCCUUUUACGCCCUCAACUGUUUCUUGUACUACACUAGAGUCUUGAGACUGUUCUCGUUUAGUGAGAAGCUCGGCCCAAUAAUGGUCAUGAUCAGAAAGAUGGUGUUUGAGAUGAUCUUAUUCCUGUGUAUUCUGUUUGUGUUUCUGAUGGGAUACGGUGUGGCCAGUAACGUAUUGAUCUACCCACAUCUAGGUUUCGGCAUUGACUCCAUCAAGAACAUCUUCUUCAUGCCUUAUUUCCAGAUCUAUGGCAACCUCUUCCUGGAGGUUCUCAUCAGCGAUGGCGAACCACCCCCGGACUGUGAGCCCUCACAACCCAGCUGCAUCCAACAGCACGUUCUCCUCCCCUUCAUGCUCGGUGCUUACCUGUUGCUAGGCAACGUCCUGCUCCUCAACCUGCUCAUUGCUAUAUUUAGCUCCGUCUAUGAUGAGGUACAAACAAACUCUCUUGAAGUCUGGAAGUUUGAGCUGUACUUCCUGGUGAUCGAGUUUGAGGAUCGGCCCACUCUACCGCCGCCCUUCACUAUACUGGAACACGCCUUCUACUCCCUCAGGUGGGCAUGGAGAAAAGUAUGCGCCAAUGUCUGCAUGAAAAGUGGCAAAGACGUGCUGUACCUCAGCAAGAAGAUGACAAACACACUGAGAAACUUUGAGAAGGACUGCUCCGCCAACUACCGAAGGCAGAAAACAGACAAGAAGAGCAUGGAGGUACCUGAACGCCUCACUCAACUUGAGAAUAGCUUGAAGGAGUUAGACAAGCUAACGGAGAAAACUAACGACCAGCUUCAGGUGAAACUCCAAAAGAUUCAGAAUUCUCUUAAAGACAUUCUGCACUCGUCCUCACCUCCUAAAGUUUCUCCAUCUCCACGCACUUCUAACCUCUCAAUGAUAGCUGAGACCAGCGGGGACAAAGAUUACUCUGGUGCCCGACAGCGCCUUCAGUCCCUAGAGCGGCGGAGGAGUAAGCUUUCCCUUCACACCGCCUCUGCUGUGAAUGCCAAGCAACGGGAGGCAUCAUUGCUAUGCCAACUGAAUGAAGAGAUGGUACACACGUCCCCUAACAGUCUGAUGAUCUUGGAGUCCGGUAGUGAUAGGAGUAGUAUAAGCUCCGGGCACAUUAGUAAGAAGAAGAACUUAUCCAAGAUGCAAGCCAGUGUACACCCUAAAGACAAACUGGAAGCCUCUGGGAAAGAGGACUUGAUGUAGGUCGAAGGUCAUACAAACCAGAGCUUCUGGUUGUCAGGUUGGUGUCUACCUCUUGGACCCCUGCCUUAUCUUGGAGUCCGGUAGUGAGAUGAGUAGUAUAAGCUCCGGGCAUAGUAGUAAGAAGAAGAAAUCAUCCAAGAAGCCAGACAGUGUACACCCUAAAGACAAACUGGAAGCCUCUAGGAAAGAGGUCUUGAUUUAGGUCGAAGGUCAUACAAACCAGAGCUUCGGGUUGUCAGGUUGGUGUCUACCUCUUGGACCCGGUUCAUUCAGAACAACACAAGGCUGCCUGAUCUCGGAGUCUGGUAGUGAUAGGAGUAGUAUAAUCUCUGGACACAGUAAGAAGAAGAAAUCAUCCAAGAAGCAAGCCAGUGUACACCCUAAAGACAAACUGGAAGCCUCUGGGAAAGAGGUAUUGAUUUAGGUCGAAGGUCCUACAAACCAGAGCUUCGGGUUGCCGGGUUGGCAUAAGGGUUUCUGUCAUGGCCUCCAACCUCUAUGAUCCUGUGAAUCCUGCCAAGGGCACUAUGUGGAUUGGGUUUUCAGUCCCUUCCUAAUGGGGGAACCACAGUUGCAUCACAACCUCCUGAUGAGAUGGGAAAAUAAACUUACAUGAAUUCAGGGCAACACUUGCCUGAUCUCGGAGACCAGUAGUGAUAGGAAAAGUAUAAGCUCUGGGCACAGUAAGAAGAAAAAAAGGCAUCAAAAGGAGCAGUCGAGUGUACAUCCUAAAGACAAUCUGGAAACCUCUGGGAAAGAGGUCAUGUUUUAGGUCAAAGGUCAUACAAACCAGGGCCCAAUUUCAUAGAUGUUUAAGUGAAAAAAGC